AUGGGAGCUGGCUCCUACGUACGUUACAGCUCACACUCCUCCUACGUUUCAACGGCUCACGUGACUGCUACGUUCACGUAUCUACGAGUCGUAGUACGUACGGUUGGGAACGCUGGUUAUGUCUGCGACUACGUAAAGACCUAUUGGAAAUUCAUAUAUCCAGAUGCAGGAGAGAUAACCGAGAGGUUUCCAGCAAAAGAUUGCUAA